GCUGUUCCAACCUUAUGUUUGUGCACCUUGUGCACACUUCAACUAUUCUAUCGUUCAAACUAGUAUAUCAGUAGACUUUGUCGAUUGGUAAAAUAUUUAUCGAUAGUCCAUGUUUUUAAUUCAAUUGGUUGAUUAGAUUCUUAAAUCAAUUUAUAAUUUCGUUAUUUCUUACCGUGAAUCUCCUAAAACUACUUUUACAUCAAAACUCAAAAUACAAAACUUAUCUUCUUCAAUACAAUUUCUGUCAAAUUAAAACUACUCUUAAAGAUCUAACCUUCUAAAAAGAGUACAAUUAUUGGGUUAUGAUUUGUUAUUUGACCCAUGCAUACUUCAGGCGGAAUAAGUCUUGACUCGUAAAUUAGUCUAUCACUAUCCAAAUUUAAUUCAACUCGUCUAUUUAUUAUCCUGCAUUAAAUUGUCUUUAAAAAAAAACAGAUUUAAAGGAGUUAAAUUAAAUUAAAGGAAAGCCAUAGAUAUUAGACACCUUUGGUAGGAGCCAAAUAUGGACAGCCCUUGCUUCAAUAAUAAAGCAGAUUCUUCAAUUCUCCACCAUUACAGCAAUGGUCCUAAUUUUCUUCUUACACCUUAAAUAACAUCAUCUUUCACUACAUUUUCUUCUUCUUUAAUCAACAUAGUGUUCAACUUGUCUAACUAACUACACAAUGGCCUACACAGAUAAUUCUAGUUCCCGGACACCAUUGAUCCCCAAUUUUCUUUAUAACACCGCGUCUUCAUCAUCAUUCUCUUCAUCUACAAUUAUUACUAAUAAUACAUUAUCUCAACCAUGUAAUGAAUCAAUUGUCAAAAAGCCUGUUUUGGUUGCGGCACCAAAAGAGCCUUCACGUAAAAUAGAAAUGUUCUCACCUGCUUAUUACGGUGCUUGUACUUUUGGUGGUGUUAUGAGUUGUGGUCUCACUCACAUGGCUGUUACACCCCUUGAUCUUGUCAAGUGUAACAUGCAGAUCGAUCCUGCAAAAUACAAGAGCAUUUCCUCUGGUUUUGGUGUUCUGCUUAAGGAGCAGGGUGCUAGAGGCUUCUUCAGGGGAUGGGUGCCUACGUUGCUCGGUUACAGCGCCCAGGGAGCUUGCAAAUAUGGAUUCUAUGAAUAUUUCAAGAAGUAUUACACAGACCUUGCUGGGCCUGAGAAUGCUGCCAAGUACAAAACUUUGAUUUUCCUUGCUGGUUCUGCUUCUGCUGAAGUUAUUGCUGAUGUUGCUCUCUGCCCAUUUGAGGCUGUCAAAGUUCGCGUUCAGACUCAGCCUGGUUUUGCCAGAGGCUUGUCUGACGGACUUCCCAAAUUUGUUAGGGCUGAGGGAGCCUCUGGGCUGUAUAAGGGGCUUGUUCCUCUCUGGGGACGACAGAUUCCGUACACCAUGAUGAAGUUUGCAUCAUUUGAAACAAUUGUGGAACAACUCUACAAAAAUGUCAUCCCAACACCAAAAGACCAAUGCAGUAAAUCAACGCAGCUCGGUGUGAGCUUUGCUGGUGGAUAUUUAGCUGGUAUUCUUUGUGCUAUUGUGUCACACCCUGCUGAUAACCUGGUUUCUUUCCUAAACAACGCAAAGGGUGCAACUGUUGGCGAUGCUGUGAACAAGCUAGGUGUGAUGGGUCUUUGUACUCGCGGUCUUCCUAUUCGUAUAGUCAUGAUUGGUACACUCACUGGAGCACAAUGGGGUAUCUAUGACUCUUUCAAAGUUUUCGUUGGACUGCCAACGACUGGUGGUGCAGCUCCACCUGCCCCUGUCAAGUGAAGAAUAAUGUAAUGAUUCCAUCAAAAAAGUUUGAGCAUUGGUUGCUAGGAAAUUUUUGCAUUUAUUCAACUUUUUGUAGUAAGAUCUGAUUUUAUUUUUGGGAGGAUUUAUUAUAUUAUCCUCCAGGUGAUGAUUUUUAAUUUGCAAAAAUGUGUUAAUUUCUUGUUUUCAUAUGAUAAUUUUGGUUAAUAAUUUUCGAACGUGAGAGGUUGGAGAUUGUUGAGACUUGGGACAAUACCUGGAUGAAGCUGUAUACAAAAUUUGAGGAAUAUUAGUGGUGAUUUGAACUGAUUUGGAGUCGAAACUCAAAGCUGAAAUUUAUUGUAGCACUAUAUAUCACUUGUAUAUAUAGUGUAUAUCAUAGUUCGGGUUAGAAUUCGAAGCUUCCAAGUAGUUUUCAAUGGAGCUUUCAAAUUUUGUUGUUCGCUUUCUAACUCCUAAAUUAUAAAUUUUAUAGCUAAA